GUAUGGCUUCUGGACUUAAUGUUUGUAUCAUUGGACAUUCUUACAUCCGUAGAUUGGAGGAAUAUUGUUCUAGUAAGGGUAUAAUUAAUUUGAAGUUGGAUGACAGUUUUAAUGUGAAUUUCCGUGGGAAAGGAGGUCUUCGUUUACGCCACCUUAAUGUAUCUCAAGGACUCGGUGCUAGAAGGGAACUUUUUCAUUUUAUUUCGCCGCCAGAUAUUAUUUUCCUACAGGUCGGGGAAAAUGAUAUAAGUGAUCUGACUUGUUGUGAAAAGUUAGCCGGAGACCUCAUAUCUGUGGCAGCAUAUUUGCGGGAUGGCGUCGGUGUAAAAAUGGUGAUAAUUGGACAGUUGAUACGACGAUUGCCUUUCGCAGCCUGCAAAAGCUUUAAUGACAAAGUAGUAAAGACAAAUACGCAGCUGGAGAUCAGGACCCAGUCUUUGCCGGGGAUUCAUUUUUGGCGCCACAGGGGUUUCUGGCAUGACUUGAGCUAUCUGGGUCAAGAUGGCGUACAUCUGUGCUGCACCCCCUCGCACGACCAGCCCAUGCGGAAGUUCCUUCGAAGUAUAAGGAAUGCAGUGAUUCAGUCGCCUAACUUAUUAAGGCCAGUAUAACAUUGUCU